AUUUGGAAAUGGUUGGGUUUGGUGCAAACCGACGGGGAGGCCGCCUGCCGUCCUUCAUCCUCAUCUUCUUGAUGGUGAUCAUCGCCAUACUGUCUUUCAACUACUGGACAGUGUCCAACAGGCACGGCCGCUUGCUGGAUGAGCUGGCGGAGGUGCAGACGCAGGUGAAGCGCACGGACGCGGCGCGGAGCCGGCUGGAGAAGAGGAACUCGGAGCUGAUGGUGCAGGUGGACACGCACAGGAAGCAGAUCGACCAGAAGGAUGGAGACUACAGCGUCCUGGAAGGAAAGCUGCAGGCCCGAGAGGCUCUCAUCAAAAAGUGCACGGAUGAUAAGAUGAAGUUGCAAAAUGAUGUCACAGCUCAAAUGACAGAAAUCCAGAGACUGAAAGAGCAGCUGAAGGAGCUGAAGCAGGAGUUCAUGAAACAGGAAGAGCAGCUAAGAGAAGUGAAGAAAAACAGCACUACCUUGGAGAGAAAACUGGAGUAUGAGAGUUUACAGUGCGGCCGUCAGAUUGCACAACUGAAAGACGAGUAUGAAGAAACAAAAAAGACCCUGGAGGAAGAAGCGUCAAAGCUAAGACAGAGUGUAAUAGACAGCCACAAGGGUGUAGCGGCAGGUAGACGUGCAGAGGGAGUACCUGGCGUGGACAUGGUUGGAGAGCGCCAUACGGUGGUCACUCACCGGCAUGACAGUACAGUUUUAAAAGAAGAGAUGGGUAAGCCUGGCAGUGACGCUGGCAUGCCUGGUAUUGAAGACAGCGAGGUGGGAAAAAUCGAUGAUGUGCAAUUUGCCCUGAAGAAACCAGCAAUCACUCAGAAGCACGAUGAUGCCCCUGAUAUGGUUGUGGGUGCUGGUGCUGGACCUGGAGUUGGGGCAGCUGAUGGCCCUGGGGGCCAGGCCUUGUCCCUGGACCAGCCCAGGCUCCAGCAGGACAGAGUGGAGGCUCGAGCAGUAGUGGUUGCACCUCAAAACAUCGCCAAACAGGCGGAGAAAACUGUUGUGUUUGAAGAAGACAACAAGGCAGGUAUCAAGGCAGACGAGCUGGGAGAACAACAAAGACAACUACCAGCUCCUGAUAACGUCAAGGGUGACAGCGAACAUUUGAAGGGGAUUCCGCUGCCCCCCAACCCUGCCCAGGUGCCUAACCCCAUCCAGCCGCACCGCGCUAAAGACCAAGUUCCAGCAGAGCCAGUCCACCACCGCCAAAGCCGGUUCUUUGAUGAGAACGAGUCCCCAGUAGAUCCGCAACACGGCUCUAAGCUAGCGGACUACAAUGGGGAUGAUGGGAACGUUGGUGAGUAUGAGGCCGACAAGCAGGCCGAGCUGGCCUACAAUGAGGAAGAGGAUGGUGAUGGUGGGGAGGAAGACGUUCAAGAUGAUGAUGAUCGAGACAUGCAGGGAGACCGCGCUGUGGAUUAUGGGAAAAGACAUCAAGCCAUUGACAUUCUUUGAAUGAGAACUCAUACAGCCGUAGCUCAUUAAAAAAAAAUAUUCCACAACUCUACAACCAGGGUCUCUCGACAAAAAUAGUUUGAACAUCAUGUUUAAAAAAUGUAUAGGGUGCAUCCUCAAUGUCAUGGACUAUUUUGAAGAACAGACAUUGCAACUAAUGAAUUAAUUCUGAAUAACGUAACAUAAUACAAAGAAGAAGAAGGAAAAAAAAAAAAGUCAUGGCAUUGUCCUGAGCUGCUGUUGAUUUGCUAUGGGUUCAGAGUUACGACCGCAGAGAUGACACCCUGUACACUGACUGUUGAGUUUUGUUACUUGAUAACUGUCUCAGUUCAUAACGGAGUGGUCGAAAAGAGCCCUGCUGACUCACGCCUGAACUCCAAGGUCAAACUGUGUUUUGUUUUUGCUACUUUCCUUUUCAGGUUACUGUUGCUUCAUAGAGACAAACUCUCCACCCGGGAUGUUUUUGCCUUUCUAACAGAUUUUUUGGGACUCAUCCAUGGAAGACUUUUUUUGUUGUUGUUGUUGUUGACAGGCGUGGGUAUACAUUGCAAAUGCCAAGGACUUUGCUUAUGGCCUAUUAAAUUAAUUUCUUUUCAUUGUGACAGAUACUCACAAGUGCUCCUCAUUCUGUUUUUUAUUUUUUAAUGAUGCCAUUGCAUGCAUUUGAACCUUUUUAUUAAUCAAACUGAGCAAAGCUUAAGCAAUACUUAGAGCAACGUUAGUAUCCUCCACAGUGUGCGAAGAUUAACCAAGCACAUAUGGAACUGACCUACUGUACACAUGCUUCCAUUAAUGAGGUCUCUUGUACAUAACGUAGUUGAAGUGUAACCAUUUGUACCGAGGAGCCACAAACCCCUCACCUUUAGAGAAAUCAGUGAACAUGAAAUCAGUUCUGUUUGUGCAGCCAGGAAAAUUGAUU